AUGGCUGAUUACUUGAACGAAUCGCCUUCAAUGGUGGCGCUGAGUCCAUUGAUAAACUACAGAAAGGACGCAAAGAAGGGAACCAAGCUUACAUUCAUGAUUGUGGGGGAACUGGGAACCGGGAAAACAACCUUUGUGAAUUGUUUGUUGAACAAAAAGGCCUUGAGCCACAAAUACGAAGGUGUGUCAUUUUCAGAUACCAAGACUUUGCUGUUCACUCUGUCUAAAUUCGUGGCAUUACCCAAUACUCUGACACUCACGCGUCAUGAAUUCAACCCCCAAACUGCUGGGGAAGAGCCUGGGAUUGCACUCACCGAAACAAACGUUGAAAUUUUAGAUGAUGAUGGCCAGAAAUUGCUACUCAACAUUAUUGACACGCCCGGCUUUGGAGAAAAUUUGAAUAACGAGAUUUGUUUUAUUGAAAUUGAAAACUAUUUGAAGCAGCAGUUCGAUUUGGUUCUCGCGGAAGAGACAAGAAUAAAGCGGAACCCACGUUUUGUUGACACCCGCGUCCAUGUCUUACUUUAUUUUAUCACUCCAACUGGACAUGGUUUGCGUGAAAUUGACAUCACGUGUAUGAAGAGAUUGUCGAGAUACGUGAACGUCAUUCCUAUAAUUGCUAAGGCCGAUUCAUUUACAGAAAGUGAACUUCGUGAGUUCAAGAAGCAGAUCCGUAUAGACAUUGACAAGUUCAAUGUUCCUAUUUUCAAGUUUGAUCUGUACAUUGAUGAUUAUGACGUAAACGAUGAUAAAGACUUGAUUGCGGAAUGCCAAUAUCUAGCAAACACGGUCCCUUUUGCAAUCAUCUCUUCGGAAGAUGAAUAUGAGAUUCGGAACCCUCACACAAAUGAUGUUAAGACUGUUCGCGCAAGGCAAUAUCCUUGGGGUUUAGUAGACAUUGACAAUCCCAAGUUUCUGGAUUUUAGUCUUCUUCGCCUGGUUAUCUUGUCAACCCACUUGAGUGACCUCAAAGAGCUAACGCAUGAUUUCUUGUACGAGACUUAUAGAACUGAAAGAUUGUCGAAAGUUGCUGGUGUUCAGAGCUCCGACGGUGGGGAAGACGAUUAUAAUGGUGGUCAGUUUAACGCAACCGUCCCGAGUUUGCUGAAUCUAGCUCAAAUACAACGCGGCUUAGAUCUGACAUCGGUUCACUCUAACGAUUACAACAAGACCACCACGUUAGACGAAGACAUGCCUCUGCCUAAGCUCAAAGACACUAGUCUGUUUACGCUGCUGACCCUGACUGUGCUGAUGGACAACCCUUUAGCGCCAUCUGCUCAAAUACCUAAACUGGCAUCACAACAAGGAUUCAAACGCUUAUCAAUCGGGCCUCAGCGCAAUCAAUUGAGACAAAUUUCGGAAACAGUUCCUUAUGUCAUUCGACAUGAACGUAUUUUAGAGCGACAGCAGAAACUUGAGGAGAUGGAAAUGGCACUGGCGAAGGAAUUGGCAGCGCGUGCUGCUGCAUUGGAACAAAAAGCGGCAAUGUUAAAAGCGAAGGAGAAGCUUUUACUAAAACAGUUGGAAAAAGAACGCCAUCGUGAAAAACCCUUACCCGAGCCGGUCCAUGAAUCACAUUUUGAGGAUGCUUCAGAAGACUUUGAUCAAACACACGUGUCACAUCAAAAUCUGACGCAUGAGUAUUAG